AUGAGAGAUUACUUGGACAUGGGUCACAUGCGAAAGGUGACGGAUAGGCAGUUGCAAGAAGAGGACAGUGGAAUGGAAGGGCUAUAUCAAUAUAAGGUCUUCUACUUGCCACACCAUGCGAGACCGGUAAUUCAAGACCAUCUGCUCAACCUGCUCAUUCGCUUCCGCAAGUAUGAAGUGGCGCUUGUUGGAGACGUGGAGAAGAUGUAUAGGCAGGUACUUCAUGAUGUCAAGGAUACUCUUCGCCUCAGAAUUUUAUUCCGGUUCUCUAAGGAAGAUCCAUUCGGUGUGUACGAGUUGCUUACUGUAACAUACGGGCUUAAGCCAUCGUCAUUCCUUGCAACACGGGCUCUACAACAGUUAGCAGUAGAUGAAGGAGUGGAAGGUUCACCAGCAAGCGUAGCGGUAGAUAAGGAUUUUUAUGUGGACGAUUAUAUUGGAGGGGCUGCAAGUAUCAUCGAAGCCACUAACCUCAGAGAAGAUCUAACAUCGUUAAUGGUCAAAGGAGGAUUUCCCAUUCGUAAAUGGUGCUCAAAUCAUCCCGAAGUCUUGGCUGGAGUUCCAGAGGAUCAACUGGGAACAAGCCUCACAAUAACCUUUGACUUGAGCCCUGAUGAGAAGGUUAAAACGCUUGGAAUUACUUGGGCACCGAAGGUGGACCAACUUCGGUUCAUAUUCAAUAUUGAGAAUGAAGAAGGCGAAUGGACUAGGAGGCGAAUUUUGUCCGCUAUAGCAAGGCUUUUCGACCCUCUCGGAUUGAUAUCGCCUGUGGUGGUAACCGCAAAAAUAAUCAUGCAGCAGUUGGCGCUGCUGCAUUCCGUAUGGGAUGCACCUGUCCCAACACAACUAGAGCAUAAAUGGGUGGAUUUCCAUCGCCGUUUAUCCAAGUUGACCGAAUUCAGCAUCCCCAGAUUCGCUUUCGUUGAAGAUUACGUUGAUGUGCAGCUACACUGUUUCGCCGACGCCUCGGAUCUAGCAUACGGUGCAUGUCUAUAG